AUGGCCCCCGCGAGGCCAUUGAAGCGGCAAAAGACCAAUCCGACACAGGAAUCGCGCUCAGAGUCAUCGCCUCAAGAACAGGCUCAGCAGGCUGCCAACGUGCCCCUUCCCGCAGACACCCCUACCGCCUCAAGCCCUGCGACACCAAAACAAGAACAAAGAUCGUCAUGGCUCGCUCGAACAUGGCCUCGCAAGGCUCCUCCUCUAACACAGACACAUCGUGAGAGUGUCUCGUCCGCCUCAACGUCCUCGACUGCCGCGCCAUCUUCCGCUACGACCACAGCCACGGAGGUGCCACCGCCACAAAAGGAGAAGAUAAAGUCUCAGGGGUCGCCGUCGUUAGCAAUGACACUAGGCAAAUCAACAUCGAACCGUUCCCUUCCGAUAAAUGCCACUACGACUCUCGUCUAUGCCUCCCCCGAGGCUGCCAGCUCUUUAGGUAAGAAGGACUCACAGCCGGAAUUGCCCACUAAGACCAAGGACGCCGAAAAUGCUUCCAGGCCUGUAAAAGAUGAACAACAAAGACCCGAAAAGAUGGAUGCCAGGCCAGUCCAGCAAGAGGAAGUUGCGGAGGCUACAUCGAAGACUUCACAACCCGCUGUUCCACCACAACAGGCACAAGAGGCACAAAGCACAUGGCUGGGCUGGUUAGGCAGAAGGGAUGGCAGUACAGCGAAACCUGCUGCAGCACAACCACCACCCAAACCUACGGAAGAUUCUACCAUUCAUCCUGCAACCGACACAGCCCCAGAGCCUAUACAACCCCCGCCAGAGGUACAAGAGGACUCGAAAUCUCCUACGAACACCAAUAACAAACGAAGCUGGUAUCAAAUGUGGAGCAACGGUGAUCAACCUAGUGGUGGAUCAGCAAAGCUACCAAACCCUCCAACAGAGCCACCUCAGCCUGAAACAGUUGAGAAUACAGGGACGGCCAAGGCGAAGACAGAAAACCUCGACAUUCCGCCACCCCAGACGCCCAAGGCAAAGGAGGGUUCUCAGGCUUCAUCCCUUGAGACUUCUCCACCGCCACAACUUUCAGGCGACGGGUCCAAGUCGUCGGGGUGGGUAUUUUGGUCUCGAGAAAAGAAGCGUCCUGCGUCUACUGCAUCUACAAAAUUAGAGAAUGAGCCUCACAUUGGGGAAAUUGCAAUAUCAAACACACCGUCUCAAGCUCGGCCUAAGCGUGCCUCCAUCAGUCUACAAGAUGACAGUGCAAGACCCGUUGUACCUCCUCCAGCACAAGGAGAGCAAUCGAAGAAGACUGGAGGAAAGAAGACGGCUGAAACCAAGCAACAGCCAGCGACAGAGGACAAACGCAUUUCGACGCCUCAAAAGAAGGCUGUUGCCUCGAAACAGGAACCUUUGACUACCAAAGCCAAGUCAACCAAUGCUACAGCCAUUGCGCGAGAACCCGCCAAAGCUCCAACACCUCGUUCGGCGUCACCGGUGCCGUCGAAGAAAGACCAGGAGGAUUCAAAUCUGCUGCUUCCUCGUCUCAGUGACACGCUCACCUUCGAAGAACAACCUUCAAUCCUCCAGCAACUUGCGCGCCUUCUGUACUACACCAAGGAGUCUGGUCAACCGAGACACCUCUCUCUGUUGAAAGAGCCGCCUCGAAUCAACAAUGCAUUAGCAAUUGGCGUUCACGGCUAUUUCCCUGGUCCCAUGGUCCGAUCGCUUCUAGGGCAACCCACCGGGACAAGCAUAAAAUUCGCCGAAAAGGCGGCGCAAAACAUUCGCAGAUAUACUAAAUCACAAGGAUAUGAAUGUGAAGUCAAGACAGCGGCCCUAGAAGGUGAAGGACGAAUUGCCGAACGUGUCGAGUUGUUGUGGAAGCUGCUCCUGAACUGGAUCGAUGAAAUCCGAAGAUCUGAGUUCGUCAUGAUCGCAGCUCAUUCCCAAGGCGUCCCUGUCGCAAUUAUGCUAGUGGCCAAAUUGAUCCAUUUUGGCUGUCUCUCACCGACUGCCCGCAUUGGUGUCUGCGCCAUGGCAGGUGUGAAUAUGGGCCCGUUCCAGGACUACAAAUCUCCUUGGAUAACUGGAUCCGCGGGGGAGUUGUUCGAAUUCACGGACCCGAACUCCAAAGUCUCCCAAGACUAUAUGGCCGCCAUCGCUGAGUGCUUGAAGUUUGGGGUGAAAGUCACCUUCGUGGGGAGCAUUGACGAUCAAUUGGUAUCGAUGGAGUCGUCGAUAUUUGCACCACUGACGCAUCCACAUAUCUAUCGCGCGGUAUCCAUUGACUCGAGGAUACACGCUCCCAACUUCCUGAGUAACCUUGUGGGGUUCGUGUUGAAGCUGAGAAAUGUGGGUGUGCCAGAUCAUGGAUUGAUCAGAGAGCUGUCCACGCCUCUGGCAGGUUCGCUGUACACCGGAGAAGGCCAUUCCAGACUGUACGAAGACGAUGCCGUGUACCGUCUUGCUAUUGCAUUUGCUCUCGAGACUACCUCCAUCAAAGACGUGCCGAUAUCCAGCUCGAAGCGACAGGCGCUCUUGACAGGUAGUGGGAGCGGUGGAGGUGGAAGCAGCAGCAGCAGCAGCGCGAACACCAAUCCCUACAUCCUCCCCUUUGCUAUGCGUGGGAUUUUAGAGGAAGACAUUGUGAAGAAGGACCUCAGAGACGAGGCAAGACAAUUACUCGAGCAAUUUGACGAGUGGGAACCCAAAACCAAAGUGUUGAGGGACGUCAAGUUCAGGCUUGAGGGCAUUAGAUCGCAGUUGUACUAG